UGGGUGUGGCAUGCGUUAAAAUUAAACGUCAGUGACCGAAUGAAGCUUAUAAAAUAGCUUGGGCGAAGCCAGUCAACAAGACCACACAUCUUAAAUUGGAUGAGUUUGCAUGUGGAAACUGCCUUCAUCUUGACGGAAAAGGUUCCAUCCAGGGCCCCAAGAUGAUGACGGCGCUGCUGCUCUUUUCUGCUCUGGCCAGCCUCUUCAGUGCCGCAGACGGACAAGCCUUUCACCUUGGGAAAUGCCCGACUCCUCCGGUGCAAGAGAAUUUUGACGUGCACAAGUAUCUUGGACGAUGGUAUGAAAUUGAGAAGAUCCCAGUGAGCUUUGAGAAGGGAAGUUGCAUCCAAGCCAACUACUCGCUAAUGGAAAACGGAAACAUCAAAGUGAUAAACCAGGAGUUAAGACCGGAUGGAACUGUGAAUCAAAUUGAAGGUGAAGCCACCCAGGCCAACCUCACAGAGCCUGCCAAGCUGGGAGUUAAGUUUUUCUGGUUUCACAGCUUUCUCCCAUUUGGGCCCAUUUUCCACUUAACUUUAACAAGUUGGGCUAUGACAUUUCCUUGGCUUGGACCUUGGCUGUGGAGGUCAAGUUCACAGAGGAAGUCUCUGGAUUCAAACGGAGAAGGUAAAUCCUCCCUCUCUUGUUGUAAGGACCCUUUAAGGCUAAGCUUUCAACACUGUGCAGACCUCUGUCAAUGAAUCUUCAUGGGCCCCUUGUGAGGAGGAGUUUAUAACCUGUUACCACCUGAUUUACCAUAUUCUUGAGAGCAAAAGAACUUUCGAAGGUCACACAGAAAGAAAAUAAACACACCAACAUUAGCCCUUACUUCCUUUCUCAGACAGGUUCUAGAGGAAAUUGGGAAGUACAGACUUGGAAAGCCUGGGGGCCCCUGACCUUGCCAUCUUAACUCCACUUAGCUAAGUGGUGCCUCCAUACGUACUGGUGCUAAGUGCAGCCUGUUAGUCUAGGAGGUCUGGCAAAACACCCCAUUACUGUGGCUUUCUGCAGACUGAUGUGUUAUCAGGGAAGAAGGAUCCAGAAGGAUGGCUCUAACCUUUGGCUGCACAUUAGAAUCAUGGGGGAGCCUUCAAGAGUACCAACCACCUCCACAUCAGUCUGGAGAAACAUGGCCUAGUAUUUGUCAAAGUUCCCAUAAGAUUCCCACAUAAAGCCAGAAUUAAGAACCACUACUCUUGGGGUGCCUGGGUGGCCCAGUUGGUUAAGUGUCCGACUUCAGCUCAGGUCAUGAUCUCACGGUUCAUGGGUUGGAGUCCCAUAUCGGGCUCUGUACUGACAGCUCUGAGCGUGGAACUUGCUUCAGAUUCUGUCUCCCUCUCUCUGCCCCUCUCUUGCUUACUCUCUUUGUCUCUCUCUCUCUCAAAAAUAAAUAAACAUUUAAAAAAAAAUUGGGGGGACGCCCAGGUGGCUUAGUCGGUUGAGCGUCCGACUUCGGCCCAGGUCAUGAUCUCACAGUUUGUGAGUUCGAGCCCCAUGUCAGGCUCUGUGCUGACAGCCCAGAGCCUGGAGCCUGCUUCAGAUUCUAUGUCCCCCUCUCUGUCUGCCCCACCCCCACUCAUGCUCUGUCUCUCUCUGUCUUCAAAAUAAAUAAAACAUUAAAAAAAAUUUUUUUUUAAUUUUUUUUAAGUUCUACUACAGUAGAAGAACUAGGAUCCUGGCUUCCAGGGUCC